CACAUCUGCGAACUAAAUUUCGUAUCUCAGUAUUUUUCUUUAAAAAUCCUUAUGUAUACGAAUAUUCUUCACAUAAAACUAAGCUCCUCAAACCGUAGUAAAGUUACCACGUCAUGUGAAUGCUUGUGUUAUCGAUAAAUUUUAUAGUUAAAUGUCGAGAAUGAAGAAGUUAACUGGUUCUUUCCGCUAUACGCAAUGGGACCCGUGCCUCAUCGUGUCGCAGAUAGUGGCCAUUCAGUCCGUGCUGUACCUGACCCUGAGCCUGCUCAUGGCUAUCAUGCAGGAUCUGACUGGAUCGACGAGGACUUUGGAUCAUAUCUUCGAAUAUCAUGAGCUGCAUGUCCGAGACAGCGAGGGCCGCUCGGUGAUCAUAGCGUUUGUAAUAAAUGCCAUAUUUGGUGCGAUUGCACUGUGGCUCCUCGUCGGGAGGACUAAGCUGUGCCUAGACUUCAGCUGCACAUACCACUUCAUCCACCUGUUUAUCUGCUGGUGCUACAACGGAGCCUUCCCGGUGACAUUCUCCUGGUGGAUCCUGAAUGUAGUCUGCGCGGCCGUCACCUGCGUGACCGGGGAGUUUCUGUGUCUCCGGACAGAGCUCCAGGCCAUACCGCUCAGCAUGGGCGCUAAGGUGGACUUAUGAGU